UCAUAAUGCCAAUUGUAUAAUACUACAUCCACGAAGAAGCAUCGACAAAAUCAUGUUUUGAAAAUUAUUUACACAAAUAUGCAUUUAACAAUUAAUCUAUUGCUAUGUAUUUGCAUUACAUACUUAUCUAUUGGAACCUUAUUAUUGAACUGGAUUACAGGUAGCGGGGAUGUUAUUUACUACAGCAACGAGAACAAAUUAAAUGUCACGCUACGGCAAUAUAACUUUCCGGAAGGUGCAUGGAACAUUUUAGUUACUGUUGGAGUGGCCAAUGGAAGGAAUAUGAAUACAAUAUUUCAACAAUUAAUCGAUAAUCGUAAUGAUAUGACGACAGUGUUUGUGCAAGAUAUUAACACAUGUUGGGAUGGUUACAUGUAUAAUGUGGUAUUGCUAUAUAAAAAUGGACAAAUAUGUGACUUUCAUGUAAUAUUUACUUUGGUCUACGAAGAAGGAGAUUCAAUGGGUACACUGCAUUACAAAAUGAGCUUGGAUUGGAAUAAUACAUGCAGAGGUCCAGAAAAAAAAUAUAACGAUGGAAUAGCUGGAGAACGUUAUCUGCACACAUGUAUAUUAGGUAACGAGAAAAAUAGACAAUUUGUGGACUUUUAUCAAAAACUUAAUAUUGGUCAAGAUACAGACUUGGUUGCAAUGAGAAUUCCAGACAAUUAUAUAUUUAAAUACAAAAUGGAGCUCUACAGUUUCGAUAAUAACACAAAAUUUGAUUGUAAAACAUACACUUGCAAUUCAGCGAAUCAGUGUACAGUUGCAUCUACUGCACAACUGUUAUUGGUGAAGCCCUCUAUGAAAGAUUCAUUAUUGCACGAAACGAACGAGGAGGAAUUUUACUAUGUACCAAAUAAAAAUUAUACCUUUAAUUUUAUUGGAUACAUGUCUGUACACGUUGACACUAACGGGAAAAUUAUAGCCAUAGCAAGACAAAAUACUUUAGUUUUUAAUACGAGUAUUUUUACCAAUUUGAUUUUAACAGAGAAGGAUGAAAAUACGAAACUGUAUUAUUUAAAUUUUAAUUGUAUUGUGAAAACGGACAAAAGUAUAUUUGAAUGUUCAAGACAAAUAACCAAAAAUAUUAGGUUUAUUAUAAAAGACUCUCAACCGAAUACAACAGAAGCUCCGUUACAACCGCACAUUGGAGUGUAUAUAAAAAAGAAGUCACGCCUGCAUUACAAAUGUACGAAUCCAAAUAACAACGGAAGUUUCGUUCGUCUGUCCCAAAUUUUAAAUUAUGGGGCUUAUUUAGAAACGUUCAACUAUUCCGCUAACAAAUAUCCAGUAUUACUCAACAUGAAUUUGACUGAGUUCGACAAUAACACGAUUCUUUCCUGUGCUGUUUCUCAAACAGAUACAGACAGUAAGCAGAUAAUGUCAAAUUACACUAUUAUUGUUUCAUCGGAUAAUGUAACUAAAAGUGUGGACGUAAAAGAUAUUUACUAUAAUGAACACAAAGAUAUUCUGUUAAAUUGUAUUGGUUCGUAUUGGAUUAAAGUUGAUGAAAAUAAUAUAAUACAAUCUGUAAUAUAUUCAUCAAAAGACCACAACAUCACCCUGAACAGAAAUGAUAACAAUACGAAAUUGUUCUGUGUCAAAAUUACAUGUACAUUUAUUGCAGAAACAAACAAAUGCUUAAGGACCUUUAAAAAAUUUAGAUUUAUAUUAAAUGAAAAUCCGCAGACAAACAAGUCUUUUAAAGGAGGUGUCAUUGCUGGAUUUGUAAUUGGGUUAGUCGUUUUUUCCGUAAUGGCGAGGAUCACCUAUCGACGGUUGCGUGAUAACAAGAUCAAACAGCGCAACAAGACUCGACCUUUGCCGGCAAUCCCUGUGCCAAGAGAGCCAGUCCCAUAUCAUCAUUAUGAGGUUAUUGAUAACAGAUUUGCCUGAAAUAAAAUAUAUUUAAUAAUACA